UUCGUGGGAAACAAACGGUCAACUUUCCUUACUCUCUGGAAGAGCAAGAAAGAAAACAAAAGAGGAAAAAUAAAAAAAAUAAGCCAUGCCCUUUGGAACCCUAACCGUAUAGAGUGAAGAUACGUAUAAUUUAUACGAGGAUGAAAAUUUUAUUUAAAUCCAAAUCCAAAUCCCCAAAAGCUUCCGAUGAAGUUGUACGUCUAACUCGUAAUCUGCUGGUUUCUCUCCUCUCCAAUGAACCUGAUAGUCGUAAACGUGAUGAGAAGAUAGCUGAACUAAAUAAGUUAAUCCGGGAUAUGAAGUUGACUCUUUACGGAAGUGCUGAAUCCGGGCCUGUUGCUGAAGCUUGUAAAAAGUUGACAGAAGAGUUCUUCAAAGAGGACACCCUUCGCCUUCUCAUUAUCUGUCUUCCAAGAUUAAAUUUGGAGGCUCGCAAAGAUGCCACCCAAGUGGUUGCAAAUUUGCAGAGGCAACAUGUUGAUGGAAGGUUAAUUGCUCCUAUUUAUUUGGAAGAAAACUUAGAUCUUUUGGAAAGUCUCGUUUCUGGGUAUGAGGACCCUGAGAUAGCUUUGCAUUAUGGUAAUAUGUUGACAGAAUGUAUCAGACAUCAAAUUAUUGCAAGGAGUGUCUUGGAAUCAGAGUCCUUCAGGAAGUUUUUUGACUAUAUACAGCUCCCACAAUUUGAUAUUGCAGCAGAUGCUACAGCAACUUUCAAGGAGCUAUUGACUAGGCAUAAAUCAACAGUUGCUGGAUUUCUUUCCACUAAUUUUGAUUGGUUUUUCCAUGACUACAAUACCAAGUUGCUCGAAUCAAGAAAUUAUAUCACAAGAAGGCAAGCUCUCAAGCUGCUCGGUGACAUCCUACUUGAACGUUCAAACUCUGCUGUGAUGAUGCGUUAUGUUAGCUCCAAAGAUAACUUGAUUAUUCUAAUGAAUCUAUUAAGGCAAUCAAGCAAGAACAUCCAGAUGGAUGCUUUCCAUGUAUUUAAGCUAUUUGCCGCAAACCAAAAUAAGCCUCCUGAAAUUAUGAAUUUACUAAUUGCCAACCAAGACAAGCUUCUGCGAUUUUUGGCUGAUUUCAACUCUGACAAAGAGGAUGCCCAGUUUCAGGAAGACAAAGCUCAGGUGAUGGCAGAAAUUGCUGAACUGGCACUGCAAGCUAACUAGUGAUUCUUCAAGGACAGACUUUACAACCCUUCUAGAAAUAACGCAAAAUUAAGCUCUUUGUAAUUGCUCUUCAAUUGAUUAUUUCUUGGAAUCAUACAUUCUUCUGCGCAUUUAUCUUUUUCUUUGUUUACCAGUUUUGAUUAUAAUUCUCUCGAGAAUUUAUACUUAAUCUUAUUGAAAUUAUGUCAAUGGUAAUAUCAGUAAAGUUAUAAUGUUGAUUCAAAAGUAGAUUUAUUGGA